AUGAGGAUCAAUGUGUAUGGAGCUGCCUCUUGUCUCUCUGCCUGCAAAUGCUUGACUGGGCCGAACACUGAGAAAAAGUCCGAAUUUGGGGUGUGCAACAAAACUAAGCAAAUAACACAAAUAUGGAAACUAUUGGCGAGAUCAUCCCAUUCGCUAAGGAAAUGCUGAACCAGAGGCCAAACCGGGGCAUGGUGAAGAUCUACAUGCUUGGCUCAACUCUGGCAAUGCUCGGAAUGAUUGGCGGACUGGUGGAAACGAUUCUCCUGCCUUUUGUGGAGCAGGAGCCUGUGGAGGACACACUGGUAGAGCUUAGCAAGGAGAAGAGGAAGAAAAGGAAGCAGGUGCUGAAGUCACACACAACCGUGAUUUGCCCUGAAGUCAUAGAUGUGGUUGAGACGGUAGUGAUCGAGGCCAAGGCCAAACAUCUGGUGACCGCUGGGCAGAGAAGCUCAGCCAACCGCUUAUAUGCUUCUUAAAGAAAUAUCUCCUCUCCCGAUGUAAAUGGACACUGCAGUUACAAUGUUGAUGGCAAUGGUGGUAAAUUAAAUCACCAUGUUAAACUGGUCCAUUUGUACUCAUUCUUUUAUUUCAGAUUUGGUGAAACAUGCAAUUUCUACCCUGUUAAGUGGCACAAAAUGAGAAGUGUGAAUACACUGAAAACUGCAGGGUACAGUAAAGUCUGGCUGCUGGGCAGCAGAUACUUGCGGAUGUGAUGUGAUGAAUGUGUUGAAAAAAAUGGAAUGUGUAUGAGUUGAGAACUCAUUUUGCAACUGAAUAAACCUAUUUUUCAGCUAG